AUGUCUCUUUCUAAAAAACAAAGUGCAAUAAAUGUUUCUCAACAUAUUGAAAAAUGGCUUUUAUCUGAUGCAUCUUUGAUUGUUAAACACCAUGAUGUCAAAUUUCCUUUACUUGAAAAAGCUCUUUUAUAUUGGACAAAUCAAGCUAUUGCAGGUGAUAUGAUACUUUCUGAUGAUAUUCUUCAAGAAAAAGGAAGGGAUUUUGCAAAUUAUUUUAAUAUUGAAGAAAAUCAGAUUAAUUUCUCUAGAGGAUGGGUAACAAGAUUCAAAAAAAGAAAUUCUAUUCGUAUGUAUAAAUUACAUGGGGAAGCUGAUUCUGCUCCUCUGGAAUCAUUAGUUGAUGAAUGUUUAAAAUUACAAGAAUUAAUAUCAAAAUAUAAUCCAGAAGAUGAUAAAUCUAGAAUUACAGUUUUACUUGCUACAAAUUCUACUGGAACACAUAAAUUAAAACCAUUAGUAAUUGGUCAUACAAAAAAUCCUAGAUGUUUUAAAAAUAUUAAUGUUUCAAAUUUACCACAAUUUGAAAACAAUGAACCUCUUAAUUUAACUAAUAUUACAAUUCAUUAUCUUCCCCCAAAUACAACAUCACAUAUUCAACCACUUGAUGCAGGAAUUAUUAAAAGUUCAAGGCAAAAUAUAAGCAUUAUUAUUGUUGACAUAAACAAAAUUAAUGUAAAAGAAGCAAUUGAAUAUGUUGCUCGUUCAUGGGAUGAUUUAUUGGCAGAUAAUGAAAUUGAAAAUAAUUCACCUCCAGAUUCUGAAGAAGAAAAGGAAGGAUUACCUUUACCUCUUGUUACUUCUAAAGAAGCAUUAAAUGCAUUGAAAGUUUUAAUUAGAUAUGAAGAACAAUUAACUGAUAAUGAUGAUUAUAAUAAAAUUUCAUCUAAUUAUUUAUAUAAAAGAUUAUCAUUAUACUGUAUGAGUGGAGAUGUGAAAAAAAUAAAAAACAAGUUUCACUUGAGCAUAUAUGGAUAA